UUUCAAGGACCGCCUCCUGAUUUUCUGCAGCUUUCUCCUAAAGUUGAUCUUUAAAACAAAGUUUGGCAGCUAUCAGUGAACGGCUUUAUUUGUGUCCAGCAUAGUGAGCCAGAUUCACUUCUCUGUUUUCUGAUUUGGUAAGAAAAACGCGACCAGCCGCAGCUCCAGGCCCCUGUUCCUGCUCGCUGUGUCCUUCCAGGCAUGUCUCAGGCCAGUCUGCAUGGCAGGUGGACUGUCUCUAGCAGCGAUGAUGAUGAUGAUGAUGAAGACAUUCCUCCUUCAGGGACUACUGCACCCAAGCCCCGCAUGUCUCCCUCUCCAGUACCAGAGCCAACUCCUCUGGAGGUGAAAGCAGAACCAGUCAGAACGCCUGUAUCCUCCUCACUCACUAUUGGCUCUGAAGCCAGACAGUCAGCAGCGAGGAACCAGUUAAACCCAGUAAAGUUUGAAAACAGCCCAUCACUGGCUGGGAAGCGGAAGAAGGAGGCCUCUGAUGGUUCCGGUUGGGCUCUCUCAGACAGUGACGAAGAUGAUGCAGAGGUGAAGAGUGACAGGCAGGUUGAUCCGCCAAAGCGGGCGCCUCCAAACGGUGAAAGAAAAAAAGCCAAGAUGGAGAGCGAGCGUCCGCCGAGUCCCCACGGCCGACUGUACUACAUCGACGAGCCGGACGACUUCUUCGAGUCUUCUGUUCCCUGCCUGAAUGACACCUACAGAUUUUACCUGAACAAAGUCACAGGGCUGGACAGGAAGUACAACAGUGGAGCUCUGCACAUCAGAGACAUCCUGUCCCCGUUAUUUGGCACCCUAAAAGAGUCCGUUCAGUUUAACUAUUGCUUUGAUAUUCCCUGGAUGGUAAAGCAGUUCCCACCAGAGUUCAGGCAUUGUCCGGUUCUGAUCGUCCAUGGAGAUAAAAGGGAGGCCAAAGCACGGCUGCUGCAGCAGGGCCAGCCUUUUCCACAUGUUCGUUUCUGCCAGGCUAAACUGGACAUUGCUUUUGGGACUCACCACACGAAGAUGAUGCUGCUGUGGUAUGAGGAAGGCUUCAGAGUGGUCAUCCUCACCUCCAACCUCAUCAGAGCUGACUGGUACCAGAAGACCCAAGGGAUGUGGAUGAGCCCUCUGUUUCCACGGUUACCUGAGGGGAGCAGCGCAAGUUCGGGGGAGUCGCCCACCUUCUUUAAGCGGGACCUGCUGGAGUACCUAGCAUCAUACCGCGCUCCAGAACUGGAAGAUUGGAUCCAGCGGAUCAAGGAGCACGACCUGUCGGAGACUAGAGUUUAUUUGGUCGCCUCAACGCCGGGGAGAUACGUGGGUGCAGACAUGGAGCGCUGGGGCCACCUGAGGCUCCGGAAGCUGUUGCAUGAGCACACAGAUCCUAUUCCAGGUGAAGAAAGGUGGCCUGUGAUUGGCCAGUUCUCCAGCAUCGGCUCCAUGGGGGCCGAUAAGACCAAAUGGCUGGCAGGGGAAUUUCAGCGCACUCUGACCACACUGGGAAAGUCCUCCCUUCGUCCAGACCCUCCCAUGUAUUUGCUGUACCCAUCAGUGGAAGAUGUGAGGCUGAGUUUAGAGGGUUACCCUGCUGGAGGUUCUCUUCCCUACAGCAUCCAGACGGCUCAGAAACAGAUCUGGCUCCACUCAUACUUCCAGUAAGUUGUCCUCUCUAUG